AUGAGCUUUUACAUAACGAAUUUGGAUGAUAUUGAUGAAAGUAACAUGGAAUUCGGACUUCAUGGAUACUACACAACUGUGUGGAAGGACAACAGACUAAGAAUGAAUGGAACCAUCGUUAAAAACAGCGACUGCGCCGGAUUCAUCUGGGUACCUAAAGUCAUAUUCUCAGCUGCUGAAAGAAAGCAAGAUUUCGACGUUCGUGAGAAUAUUAUUCACAUUGAUGAGCGCAACAUGGUUUCAUAUUCACAAAGGUUCGGUUUUAGAGUCGGAUGUAAAAUGUUUUUCAAGGAUUUUCCAUUCGACACGCAGUAUUGUGAAUUUCCCAUGAAACUUUUGGAUUCUGUCCUGUCGACUGUCAAACUGGAAUGGUUAAUCGAGAACAGAACGAAAUAUCUCAUUCUUGCCGAUGAGUUCAAACCCCUCCAAUUUUUUCUCAGGCAGCCCACUGCUUUGGAAGGAAAAGAUGGCAUAUCUGUCCGUUUCGUAUUUGUGCGCCAACUGAUGGGAAGCUUCAUCAACAUCUUCGUACCUUCCACUCUCAUCGUUGCAGUGAGUUGGGUCUCUUUUUGGAUCCGAGUGGAAGCUGCGCCUGCGCGAGUGUCCUUGAGUGUGACUUCACUCCUCACACUUUGCACACAAGUUCAGAGUCAUAGAUCGCAGCUUCCAAAACUAAAUUACAUCAUUGCAUUGGAUAUAUGGCUGUUUGUUUGCAUAUUCAUGGUAUUUGCUAACUUGGUGGAAUUCGCCAUUUCAUAUAACAGUUUUGUAAUAAAGCGAGUGGAUUCAUCUCGAUGUCGAAGAGAAAUCACCUCUGUUCAAGAUAAAGAAAAUAAUGCUUGGACUGCAGACCCAGAUGAAGAUGAUACUUAUUCCCAAGAAAAUUCAAGAAGAUUUAAAUUUCAGAAAUAUCGACGAUGGCUUUGUAGCCCAGCCAGCAGGAAUGUGACAAAAAUAGACCGCGUUUGUCGAAUACUUUUCCCAUUAACAUUCACAGGAUUUGCUUUUGCCUACUGGGUGCAUUAUCUGACCAUUUACAGAAAAGACGUCGAACAUGAAGAUGAAGAUUGCCUACAUUUAAUACCAAACGGAUACAAAAAAUAUUUGCCUCCUAGAAGCUUUGAUGGUCUGCCUCUAAAUGUUACAUUUUCAAUUACUAUUUUUGAUUUGGAAGAAAUCAACACAGAAAAUAUGAACGUGUUUUCUGCUCCAUUCAAGGAAUCAUCCUACCAAAAUAAUAACUAUCAUAGUCAGACAUUUCUUUUAGUGUCAUCCACAGACAAAGAAGUGCACCCUCAAUGGGACGAAGAGAAUGAAGGCUUUACACUUUUCAAAAAUAUUCAACCUCUGCAGUUCCAACUGACGAAACCAGUGACAUAUACAAAAGUAAAUGGUUAUAAUGGAGCCAACUUUACAUAUCUCUAUUUGAAAAUCAGUUUAAUACGAAGACUCACAGGGAGCAUCAUCAACAUCUUCGCUCCAUCCACUUUGAUUGUGGCCGUCAGUUGGGUGACGUUUUGGAUUCGAGUAGAGGCCGCCCCUGCGAGAGUCGCCCUCAGCAUCACUUCUCUUCUUACUCUGUGCACACAGGUUCAACAAAAUAAAUCUCAACUUCCGACGUUGAGUUACAUAACAGCCGUAGACAUCUGGCUUUUCGUGUGCAUUUUGAUGGUCUUCAGUACUCUGAUAGAAUUUGCUUUUUGUUAUAAUUCUUAUUCGCAACAAAAGAUAAAAGUUGAACAACCUUCAUCUGAAGAAAAUAAUGAAAUGAAGAAGUCCCGAGUGAACACCUGGGCUGAUGAUUCAGAAUUUACUGAAAUAGUAACAGAGAAGAAUGUGAACGAACCACCGAAACUCGCAGAAAAGACAUGUCCUUAUUGUACUUUCCCUCACAACGGAGCAAAAAUGGAUUUGCAAUCAGAGCCAUAUCAAGGAAGGGGGCGACAGAUGGAUUCCAGCAGCUCUUGA